AUGGCGCAUUACGCGAGCUAUUUUGGCUCAGUGGAAUGGGGUGUCGGUCUAGAUCAAGCAUUUUCACACCGGUCAAACGAGCAACAGCAGCAGCAAAUCUCAAACAACAAUGUCAAGACCGACCUUGCGUUUCUCUCUGACUCGUACGCCGCAAUGCGUAGCGCACAAUGCGGCAGUCAGAUCAUCACAAGUUCAAAUACCAGCCCCAUCAGCUUGGAUGUGCCUAGUCUCUCCCUCGCUGACAUCAUGGACCCAUCCUUCCUCAGCGGGUUGGAUAGCACUUCGCUCGAGAUGACCUCGGAUGGUAUCAAUCCAGACUUGCUCGCCUCCUUCAACCCCUAUCUUUCAACCGAUUGGAGCUCGGAGCAGCCACAAACCGUGGUACCGAGUCAGCUCUGGCGUAGCUCCAGCCCCACAUACGUCCAGCCGAGCUCGUUCGACCUCGCCAGCAACGCGCUCGCUGCGGCGCUUCCGGGGAACGACCUCGCCGC